CGGUUCUACCGAGCUUGUGUCAACAUUUCAGGUGUUUUGACCAGCGAACAGGCAGACACGAAAACACUACCAUGGAAUCUUUUGUGACCGUAUGCACCCUCGUCCUAAUUGUGCAACAUUUACCACCAGGCGAAAGUACGACAUGGUCGUGCGACUUUGAGACUAGUGACCAUUGUGGGUACACCCAGGACACCACAGAUGACCUGAACUGGACCCGUCAUUUCGGACAAACACCAACAGCUAAUACUGGGCCGUCAGUGGACCAUACUCUGGGCACGGGUUAUUACAUGUACCUGGAGACAUCAGUAGGUAAUCCAGGUGACGUUGCUCGCCUUGUCUCCACGCCCCUCCCCGCCAUCAGUGCUCCCUACUGCCUGAGCUUCUACUACCACAUGUUCGGGGACAGCAUGGGGACUCUCAAUGUGUACAUCAGGAAGCAAGGCAUCAUGGGACCCUCGGUUUGGACGGUGAGCGGUGACCAGCGUAACGCCUGGCACUUUGGGCAUGCGCAGUUGGACGGAAGCAGCAGUUUUAACGUCAUCUUCGAGGCCGUUCGUGGAAACGACUUCAGGGGUGACAUCGCUAUAGAUGACGUCACCGUCAGUGAUGAAUGUGGUUUGAUAACAACAACAGUUCUGCCAACUACAACACCGUAUCCCCUGGCCUCUCCAAACUGUACUUUUGAAGCGUCGUCAAUCUGCGGGUACCGACAGGACAUCCACGACUCUGCACAGUGGACAUGGCAUCAGGGACAGACAGACACCGGUUAUACAGGACCUAUAUUCGACCAUACUUUGGGCACAGCAAUGGGACACUACAUGUACUUCGAGGCGUCUGACCUUACAUCAGGGGUGAUAGUACGCUUGUUGUCUCCAGCCGUUCCCAUCAUUUCCUCAGCUCCAAGCAACACCGGCUACUGCCUGACGUUCUGGUACCACAUGUACGGCCUCCAUAUAGGUACUCUUAACGUUAAUCAGAAAUGCAGUGGAGGCUCGGAAGUCCCCAUAUGGAGCCUCUCUGAUGAACAAGGCAAUGUCUGGCGACAAGGACAGCUUCCUCUUGACGGAACCGCGGAGUUUACGGUAGUGUUUGAGGCAGUUCGCGGCAGCAGCUACAAGGGAGACAUCGCCAUAGACGAUGUUGAUGUGGCUCCGUACAGAGGACAAUGCGAAUUUAUCCCUUCCUCCGCCAUGGUGCCUUUGCCUUCUACAUCUACCAUUACCACCGCCUUGUCCAGUACAAGUGCCCACCUCUCAACAUCAGGGAUAACCUCCGUGGCAACAACAGCAGAACAACCAUCCACAGCAAUGUCAACGUCAACGACUGAUCGUAUCUCAUCUGCUACUACAGUAACUGUUGUACCUCCUACUCCCAGCAUCGCAACCCAAUGGUCCAGUACUAUAAAUUCCUUCAUCGCAACAGAGACACUCUUCGGGGCAACAGCGGAGCAACCAUCCACAGCAAAGACGACAGAAACAUCGUCAACAACCGACCGUAUCUCCUCUGCUACCACGGUACCUGUUGUUCCUCCUACUCCAACCACCAUCAACCUUUCUGUCAGUACAAGUGCCAACCCUUCAAGGCCAGGACAAAUUUCCGUGGCGACAACAGAACAACCAUCCACAGUAAUGCCAACAGAAACACCGUCAACAACUGACCGUAUCUCUUCUGCUACUACAGUAACUGUUGUUCCUCCUUCCACCAUCACCACCACAUCUCUCAGUACAAGUGCCCAACUCUCAACGUCAGAGAAAACCUCCGUUGCAACAACAACAACAGAACAGCCAUCCACAGUAAUGCCAACAGAAACACCGUCAACAACUGACCGUAUCUCUUCUGCUACUACAGUAACUGUUGUUCCUCCUCCCACCAUCACCACCCAAUCUCACAGUACAAGUGCCAAGCCAACAACGUCAGGACAAAUAUCCGUGGCAACAAAAACAGAGCAACCAUCCACAGUAAUACCAACAGAAACAUCGUCAACAACUGACCGUAUCUCCUCUGCUACCACAGUACCUGUUGUACCUCCUACUCCAACCACCAUCAACCUUUCUGUCAGUACAAAUGCCAACCCUUCAAGGUCAGGACAAAUCUCCGUGGCAACAACAGAACAACCAUCCACAGUAAUGUCAACAGAAACACCGUCAACAACUGACCGUAUCUCUUCUGCUACUACAGUAACUGUUGUUCCUCCUUCCACCAUCACCACCACAUCUCUCAGUACAAGUGCCCAACUCUCAACGUCAGAGAAAACCUCCAUGGCAACAACAACAACAGAACAACCAUCCACAGUAAUGCCAACAGAAACACCGUCAACGACUGACCGUAUCUCAUCUGCUACCACAGUACCUGUUGUGCCUCCUACUCCCACCAUCACCCAAUCUCACAGUACAAGUGCCAACCCCUCAACGUCAAGAAAAAUCUCCGUAUCAACAACAGCAGGGCAAACAUACACAGCAAAGACGACAGAAACAUCGUCAACAACCAACCGUACCUCCUCUGUUACCGCUGUAACUGCUGUACCUUCUACUCCCAUCAUCAUCACCCAAUCUCAUGGAACACGUGCCAACUCCUUAACAUCAGGGUUAAUCCCCGUGGCAACAACGACAGAACAACAAUCUACAGAAAUGCCAAUAGAAACAUCGUCAACAACUGUCCGUAUCUCCUCGGCCAUUUCAGUACCUGCCGCACUUCCUACUUCCAAAAGCAUCACCCAAUCUCACAGUACAAGUGCCAACCCCUCAACGUCAGGACAAAUCUCCGUAUCAACAAAAGCAGGGCAACCAUCCACAGCAAAGACGACAGAAACAUCGCCAAAAACCGACCAUAUCUCCUCUGUUACCGCUGUAACUGCUGUACCUUCUACUCCCAACAUCACCACUCCAUCGUCAAGUGUGCACCCCUUAACGUCAGGGAUAAUCUCCUUGUUAACAACAACAGAGCAACCAUACACAGCAAUGCCAACAGAAACAUCGUCAACCACUGGGCGUAUCUCACUGGCUACUACUCUAACAAUAACUGCUGCAACUCCAACACCCGCAACCAAUACCCAGUCGCCAAGUACAACUGCCCACCUUUUGACGUCUAGUAACAGCAGAGGGGAAUCGUCUACAAGAUUGUUGACAGAAACAUUAAAGACAGACGGGACAACUACAAUCCAGAACAAUAAGUCUCAUAGGCAAAUUACAACAAGUUCCAUGCCGUCAGCUGGUAUCACUAGAUUUGGAACUGCCGCUAGUGCGGCUGAAAAAGUACAAACCAACAACGCAGCCACGACUACCAUCAUUACCCUUGCGGUGGUCCUGAGCCUGGUCUGUGGUCUUGUGGCAGGGGCUCUGAUCACUGUUUUGUACAAAAAGAGGAAAAAGGCACGGCCUGGACACGGCAGGGUGAAGUACCUUACAGAGGAACACGGACCGGAUUCUGCAGACGAUCCCUUCCCCGCCAGUGCUGUCACCGGAAGGGUCGACUUUGAAAACCCCGCUUUUGAACAUAUCUACGAGGAGUUACCAAACCUGGUGGUGAACCACACAACUUCAGUAGAUCACACAGCAUCACCACCAGACCAAAGACCGUCGUCAGGUGCCUCAUCUUCACAAACCGCAGUCUACAUGGAGAUCAAAGACAACGAAGUUUCCUGGGUGGAAGCUUCUUCGCAGCAACCAGUACCAAGUACUAAGGCUGACUGUCAUAUGCAUAUUUCUUCAACAGCUAAAGCCAAUAAUCCAUUUAACCAAUAUCCACGUCAAAUGAACCAAAAAGUCAGGGUGCAUAGUGGCCACAGCGAGAGAAGCACUGAGGAAAGACACACCAGGCCAGGGUACCAACGAGAUAGUUUGGAGUCAGAGAACGACUACACUCAACCUACAUGCAUGUCUGAACAAAACGUGCAUGGCCCGAACCUGAGCCCUAUGAAGAACAUUGAACAAGAUGCUGAUGAAGAGUAUGAAGAUGUUAUCAAAGUCUCCGUCAAAGUCAGUCCGAACAGGCCAUUGUUCCUGAGAAUGCGCAGGACACAGACGGGUAUCAGAGUCUCCGGCAAAGUCAGUACCAACAUUUGA